AUGGCAGGAGAUUCAGCAAGUUUAUCGCUGUCACCCAUCAAGAGUGAUAAAGCAGCAGUGGUUUCAGAAUCACCAGUAAAGAUGAAACCCGGAUCUUCAUCUUCGAAAGUGAUUGACACUUUGCACACCACGAUUGACAGUUUGAGUUUGGAAAUUGCAACUUUAAAGCAAACGAAUCAAGAACUUUCACGUAAAAGUCAAGUCGCCACUGCGAAAAAUGAUUCGUUUGUCGACCAGUUGGCCAAUUUGAAACAUGAAAAUGACAUGUUAUCGGCCUUACUAAAGAGAAAGGAGCGCAGGAUCUUGGAUCUCGAGGACCAGAAUAGCGAGUUAUCGAACUCAGUUGAGUCGUUGAACAUGCUGACAAAACAGAUGAAGAUGAGGUGCGAGAAGUUAUCUGACAGCAGUAUGCAAUCAAUGGCCGAAUAUGAGAGGUUAAAGAUUAGUUACGAUGCACUAGUGGCUAGCUGCAAUGAGUAUAAGCAACAUUAUAAAACUGAACUUGACACAUUACAGAAAAGCUUAGAUACUUAUAAACAAGAAAACCACAAACAAUGGGAAACGCUUAACGAGCUGAUUUCAAGCAACGACAAAGACAUCGAUACUUUGUUGGAUUCACUUAACAACAAGAAAAAGCUGAUGGAUAAUAUCUAUGUCAAUAAGAAUACCAAGGUGUUGACUAUGCUCAGUACAUUGGCGACCUUGGUAAAAGCCCAUGGUACAGAGAGCAAGAAUGUGCUUGGCGAUAAUGCACAAACAAUCGAAUUCUUGCUUGAAAAAUACCCUGACCUUGAAGAAAAAAUAUUGGAGAAGGAACAAAUUGAGAUUGACAUUAACUCAAUCUUGUAUGCAUCGAAAGAUGCUUUGGAGAACACUUCAUUUGAUGAGGAAGAUGUCACAUUGAUAAAUUCUCCAGAGUUGGAACCAUCUAGUGAUGGAAACUUUCCUGCUCAACAACUACAGAAAAGGAACAACGUCGGUAAUCAGCAAACAAGCAAUAGUAACAAUAGCAACAAUAGCAACAGCAACAGUAGCAGCAACAGCAACAGCAACAGCAACAGCAACAACGGCAGUAGCAAUCACGCUCAAAACAAAAGAAAGGGCAAACGCACACCCCUGUCGGGUAACUCCCCUUCUGUGCACAUGCCAUCGAUGUGGAGCAACAAUUCAUCGUCGUCGUCGACUUCACAUACCCCAUUCAAUUCUCAAAAUCAAAACAAUCAUCACCAUAAUAGUCACCACCAACAACAGCUGCAUGCAAGAUCAAACAAUACCAACAAGAACUAUGGAACUUUGUCGCAUGAUCUGCAACACGGCCAUCUUCCAAAAAAACACGCUGCAAUCAAUAAUAUCACCAACACGUAUUCCAGAUCUAGUGGAGGAGGUGGCGGCGGUCACAAUAGUGGUAACAAUAAUGGCCCAAAUGCCGCAUCAAAUAACAACAACAACAACAACAACAGUAACAACAAUAAUAAUAGAAGAAGGUCUGGAUAUUACAAAAAAGCAGUUUCUUCGCAAACAUGA